AAUUUUGAUUCUAUUACUUCUCCGUGUUUCCACUUUUGGACUUCCACUUUAACCUCCGAGGUUAUGUCCGUACAGUGGUCCGUGGGCCGUACAUCAGUUGAAUUUGUGCUACCGAGCACAUAUUUGUGCUUUCUAAUUAGUAAUAAUAAUAACAAUAACAAUAAAUAUUGCGCGAAUAGUAAUAUACGAAUAUGUGUACGGUGAAUUGAACGUAACGUUGUUGAGAAAAUAUCGUGGAUAAAAAUAUAACAAAUAACGUGAAAUAUGAGCAAAGCUACGCAAAACCUGAUAAUAAUAAAAAUUUCUCAUCAUAAUUCGCCUUUGACACAUGAGCUGUUGCGCCACAUAUAGGGUACCUGUUUAAUAAUAAAUCAAGUCUAACGCUGCGAUAUGAGUGGAGCGGUCUCUUUGUACGAUGGGACCGAAAAGAAAGAGGCGACUUCCAAGAACAAUACUUUGGAAAAUGGCGGGGGUGUCACAAAAAAGUUAUCGAGAGGCAUUUCAAGAGCGACCGAAAAUGCUGCGAUAGUUUCUCACGCUCGCUCCCAACUCACCCCUCUGGGAGCUGUCGAUACGCCAGAAUUCACAUUCUCCUUACCAGAUCUCUCUGUAUACCCAGAUGAUUUCCGUGAAUUUCUGGAGAGAGAUUUGAUAGAAGGAGGCUGCCUAACAUCUUUGGAGUCUGCGGGACGGUUGAAUUGGUGGUGCGGAGUCAAUGGAAAAAAUGGAGGAUCCAGAGUUCUCUGGCCGUUGGCUACAUCGGGCGAUGGAAACUGCCUUCUGCAUGCAGCAUCGCUCGGGAUGUGGGGCUUUCAUGACAGAUUAUUGACCCUUAGAGACGCGUUGCAUACGACAUUAGCUAAAGGAGAAUGUCGACACGCCCUUUAUAGGCGAUGGAAAUGGAGGCAAAUGGGACUGAACGCAGUCGCUGGCUUGGCUUAUUCCGCAGCUGAAUGGGCUAACGAAUGGCAGAGCCUUGUGGACAUGGCAUCUGCACAUCCCCGUAAUCCAACCGCUAAUUCGUACCAAAGUUUGGAAGAGGUCCAUGUAUUAGCAUUAGCGCACGUACUGUGUCGGCCAAUAAUAGUGAUAGCUGAAACGAUGCUGAGGGAUGCAGAAGGGGUUGCUUUAGCACCUAUUCCGUUUGGCGGAGUUUAUUUACCAUUUGAAGUUCCACCGUCUCGAUGUCAUCGAACCCCGUUACUAUUGGCAUACCAUUCUGCUCAUUUUUCACCUCUCGUUACCGUUGACGGAUCCAGUAGUGAAAACGGUGGCGGGGAAGGGGUCAGCAUUCCUCUAGUGGAUCCAGAUUCAGGGCAGCUCUUACCAGUUUUGUUUUCUGUAGACCCCGGUCCACACUGGGAUUCCAGUAAUGCUUCUGAAACUCUACCACCUUCACAUCCCGAAGUGGAAGACGUGGUUUUACUUCGAGAAUACUUGGACUGCGAUUAUCAGCUGUUGACUGCUGAGGAACUAGAAAGGGAUUCUGAAACUGAUAAUCCAUCAUCGAACAAAAGCCGAGCAGCAAAGCAGUUACUUGGAGUUGCCAAACAGUUUGGGUCAAUUGGUAAAUCUGUAAGUCGGAGACUAUGGUCAAUGGCGAAAAGGCCAAAGAGUCCACCUUCUGCUUCAGGGGCUUCUGGUGCUCUUUGUGUUCAAAUAAGAAGUAAACGGCAUCAAUACGCUGAUCAAAUGCUUCAAAAUUAUCUACAAUGUGCGAGUGCAAGGUAUUUACGUGAACAGCGGGUUUCGGAUACUGGAAGUGAAAUGAAUUACGGAGCUGGAAAGUCCAAGUUCUACGCUGCGAGCGACAGAGGUAGCCAUGUCAGUGUUAGCAAGCUACUUCCAACGAACCCGAACAGCAAAGACCGCACUCUUUAUCUAUCUCGAUCGACGUUCUACAACAAUCAACCAUUUUCCGGGGAUGUAAGAUCUGAAAAAUGGAAUAACAGUAUCGCAAUUGAGGAUGAACGGACUGUAAGACCGUGCCGUAACGGGGAUUGUCAGUUUUUUGGCUCUGCUGAAAAUCAGUACUACUGUUCAAAGUGCUCGGUGGAGCAACCUUACCGCUAACUUGCAGUGCUUACUCCGAUGACAAUAAUUUAUGUCUUGCUAAUAAGUAUAUAUCAGCGUAUUACACAAAAUCAAGGUACAGAUGAUAACACUAGUCUCCUAAAUCGGAAAUCCUAACCAAUCGCAGCUAUAACAUUAUACUUAUACAUAUAUUUGUAACAUACAUAGGUAUAUAAGUACGCGAGGUCAUUUUUCGUUCCAUAUUUUUCUCACAAUAUUUAUUGUUAAUAUUUAUAUUUUUGGCAGCUCAUCAAUCGUACAGGAUCAGUAUAGGCGUGUUAUUCAUAAAAUGAUCGAAUUUAAAGUGGAAAUCAAAUAAGAAAAUGACGAAUUUUAAUAUUUGUCAUGUCAAGUUCUAGAAUUUCUUGAAACUCUACAGUUGAUCUUUUUUAGUAUUGUGUUUCUUUUCUGUACUGAAAGUAUAAGUCUUCAACAACCUCCAUUCAUCUCGCGACAUCCUGGUGACAAUAAAUUCAUUCAUUCAUCAACUAGAAAUUAUAAUCUCUAAACUCAUAGAUAUUAUAGUAUUUAAGCCCACCUUGAGUAUUGGAUAGCCGUUAGUAAUUUGAUAUUGCAUAUAUCUACAUUUAUAUAAUUCGAUGAAGAUCGUGAUUUUAUUUUCGUAGUCUCAACUGUUUUAAGCUUAAUUGAUUUAAGUUUUUGCUAAGUGAAAUCCAUUUUCUCGUUCGAAUUUUGCUUUAUGCGCCCCGAUAUAACCUAUAAUCUAUAAAGAAUAUAAAUAUUAAUGAAUGACAUUGUUAUAUGCGCAUUAUUUAUGUGCCUUGCAUAACGCUGCAUAAAGCCACAGUUUUAUUACCAUAGCGCAAGCGUCAGUACAAAUUUUGUGUUCUGUUUAAAAUUUUAAGCUUACUCAUAAUGCAAAACUUUGGCGCUGAGUAGAGAUAUGCUUUCUGUGGUACUGACAUUUUUGUAGCUCUGAGCAUUAAAAGUAAAACUUAUUAUGGAAAUGAAAGACAAAUCAAUGUAUAGAACAAGAAAAAAAAAUGAAUAGGAUGUAAUAUAGAGCUGAAGUCAAACGUUCGAUUGCAUAUCUUCGAACAUUUUGCAAACGAAUUGGAUUAAAAUCAAACCAAAAUUGGAGUGAUCUACUCUUACUAAAAAUUACAAGAAAAAAAAUAAUAAUUUUAUAUACGCAUAAGUUUGUUUAUGGAAAAAAAAACUUAUCUACGCUAAACGUGUUCAACUUGAUCAGUAGCCUAACUUGUAAAUUUAUUGAAUUGAAUCUGAAGAGAUGAA